CAUUCUGACAAGGCUUCAUAUUUCUUUGUUUCGUGCUUUCUCUGUCCUGAAUCCUGAUUAUUCAUUUUGUGUUAUGUCUUGAGUUUGGUGCCAGCAUUUGAACACAUGGCAUGUGAUGGCUAUUACACCGUCCUCAUCAUUCCUCUCCAGAACAGCCUCUACAGCCCUGAUGCACUGCACUGCUUUCACUUGCUGAAGAGACGUAGAGAUCUGGAAAGACAAAAAGACAUCCUGUGGGCUGGACUGCAGGUUUUGGAACAAACACAGCUGUGGUACCAGAAGCGCCUGAAGCUGAAUUUACAAAGGCAGGUUAGCUUGAGCACAGGAGGCUUGGAUGGAGAGGGCAGGUGGUCCUGCGCUCUGCGGUCUUGUAUGCAGCGUGUGAAUGGCAGUCUGGGUAAUCUGAUGAGUGACACCUGUGUCUGGAACAAUCUGGCCCCAGAGAAGAGUGGAGGAUCGGACUGGGACCUCCGGUGGAGCAAUGCCACAUUGGUCAAGGAAGUAAUUCAGCAGAAUCAACAGAUUUCCAUGUUGGAGCUUGAGAAGGCACAACUUCUUCAGCAGCUGGUGUCUUACAGCACACCUGAAUGAUGACAUCCACACAUUUUCAACUUUAAUUACAAAAGGGUUUCAUUCCAAUCACGCAGUGAACUGUAAAUAGUUAAAAAUGCUUUGAAAAGACUGAAUGUUAAAAUUAAUAUAGGCUCUGGUAUACACCCAUUCCACCCUGUUUUCCAUUAUUUAACUGAAAGAGAAUUACAGAUAUAAUGUUUAAUUUAGUAGCAAUUCAGAUACCUACAUUUAUACAAAAUAGGUUUUGAAGUAUAAUUCAAGUAUAAUUGAACAAUGAAGAUUCUAUAUUAUGGCUAAAAUUAGUAUUGCAAAAUCACUUGUAUUAAUUUUGAUUUACAUAUAAACAUAAAGGGGGUACAUGUUUGUAUUGCUUGUCAUUAUAUUUUUAUGUAUUUGAAAAAUAUAAAUAUAUUUGAAAAACUUUAACAGCUGCACUGAAAAUGUCACAAUCAGAUUUAGUUUCGGUUUUGUUUUUUAUGGACUAUUAGUUUGUAUUCCUUGUUUUCAUGUGUUUUCUUCCUGUUUCUAGUGUUCCGAACACUACUUUUUUUUCAGCUGUUACAGUUGUUAUUGAUUAUGUUGUGCACCUGUUUUUUGUUGAGUUCCUCAUCUUUUAUGCCAUUCAUUUAGUCUUUGUCUGGCAUUGUCUUUACAUACGUGAAGCUGUUCUGAAUUCAUAAGUGUUUGUGCUAGUACGCCCUUUGGAUGGACUGGCUCUGGAAUGUGAAUGUCUCAUUAAAAUAAGGAAUACAAACUAACAGUCCAUGAAAACAAACCUGAAACUAACUCUGAUUGUGAAAAAUUCAGUUCACUUGGUUGAAUUAAAAAAAAAAAGUUUAUAUUUUCCAAAUACAGAAUAUAAUGACAAGCGAUAUAAACAUUCACUCCCUCAUUUAAUAUUUUCACAGAACACUGCUAACAAUAUAAUAUCUCUUCAGUUGACUGAAGAUCAUGACUGUAUUAAAUCUAAACUAAUACAAGUGAUUUUGCAAUAGCCAGAGCCUAUGCCCUCCAUGGAUCCUCCACUGAUGGAAAAGGUUGUCCCAGAGCUAGAGCAUGUAGCCCUAUUUAUUUUGAACUGUGUCCAUCCUGGAGAAAAUAUUAAGUAAGACUUCCUGAAGUGGAGUCCCACUCAUGCUCCCAUCUCUGAGGUGUGUUUGCCUUUGUCGCCCUGUCAGGAUUAAUUUACUUGCUUGUCCAUAACUGUUCCCAAGCAUUCCCCCUCCACUGGUUUCCUCCAGUAGCCAUACUCCUUCU